ACACACCAACUAACUAUAUAUAUUCUUCUUUUGUAGCUUCCUCAAUAUAUUUAUUUUUCCAUUUUCUAGCAAUUCCCCCCCCCCCCCCCCCCCCCCCCCCCACAAUUUUUUUUUAAAAAUAGGAGAAUGAAGUUUGGGAAGAGGUUGAAGCAACAAAUUCAAGAAACAUUACCAGGGUGGGGUGACAAGUUCUUGUCAUAUAAAGAGUUGAAGAAAUUGGUGAAGUUGAUAUCUUCAUCCUGUGCGUCACGAAUGAUGAUGAAUGGGUCAUUGGAGUAUGGUAAAGCAGAGGCUGAGUUUGUGUAUUUGUUGAAUAAUGAGAUUGAUAAGUUCAAUGCCUUCUUUAUGGAACAAGAAGAGGAUUUCAUUAUUCGACAUAAGGAGUUGCAACAGAGGAUAGGGAGAGUGAUUGAUACAUGGGGGCCAAAUGGAAGCCAACCCUCUGAGAAAGAUUGCAAAGAAGAAUUGGGAAAGAUCAGAAAAGACAUUGUUGAUUUCCAUGGUGAAAUGGUCCUCUUAAUCAACUACAGUAACAUUAACUACACAGGACUGGCUAAGAUACUGAAGAAAUAUGACAAGAGAACCGGUGGAUUACUGCGGUCGCCGUAUAUACAGAAGGUGCUUCAACAGCCAUUCUUUACAACUGACUUGAUAUCAAAGCUGGUAAAAGAGUGUGAAAGCACCAUAGAUACGGUGUUUCCACCACCUUGUGAUGUAAUAAGUAGGCAAUUAGUAUUAGGAUCACAGAAAAUAGGAGCUGCAGGUGAAGGAAUAUUUAGGAACACAGUAGCAGCUCUACUCACUAUGCAAGAGAUCAGAAAAGGCAGCUCUACUUAUGGACGUUUCUCUUUGCCACCUCUCAGUUUGCCUGAUCAAUCUGAUGUCAUUCAAUCACAGCUCAAUUCUCCCAUAGCAAUACCCUAGCAUGUUGGUUUUGUUGAACUAUUAUGUUACAGUAUUUAUUAGCAGUAACACAUGUAGUCCUUUGAAUUUGGUAACUAGAAAUAUAAACUAAAUGGUGAUGCUAUAUAUUUGUAGGCAACUCGUUUUAAUGUAGAUUAUAUGUAUAUCCUUUAAGCA